AUGGUACCCGAUCAGAUACCGGCGGACGCCCCUGCAAAAGGACCCAAAAUCGGCCUCCCGGACAAGUACGAUGGCACCAGAGGAGCCAAGGCAGAGGUUUACGUCACUCAAAUCGGGCUUUAUGUCCUCUCGAACCCCAGGAUGUUCCCCGACGACCGGAGCAAAGUAAUCUUUUCGAUCUCAUACUUAACCGGUCAAGCAAGCGAGUGGGCCCAACCCUACACGGCGAAACUGUUUGCAGGACAGCCGGUCACCUAUCUCGAGUUCUCGACAGCCUUCCAAAUGAUGUACUACGACACCGAGUGCAAAUCUAGGGCUGAGAAAGCUAUCCGACAACUGAAGCAGACGAAAUCGGUGGCACAUUACACCUUCCAAUUCAACCAGCACGCCGCUAACACGGGCUGGGAGGUAUCAACCCUCAUGAGUCAGUACCAUCAAGGCCUCAAGAAGGACAUCCGUUUAGCAUUGGUCCUCGCAAGGGUGCAUUUCACGGCGCUCACGGACCUCUGUAACCUGGCGUUGAAAAUCGACAACGAAAUCAAUGGCGCCAAUCCAUGCGCUCCGGAUGCCACCUCGACAGGCGACCCCAAUACAAUGGAUCUAUCGGCGAUGCGUGGGACUCUAUCGAACACAGAAAAGGCCGACAUGAUGAAGGCUGGACUCUGUUUCUAUUGCGGCGAGAAGGGCCACAUAGCCAGGGGAUGCCCAAAGAAGGGGAAAGGGAAGGGCAAAUCGGCGGCGCGAAUUGCGGAGUUGGAAGAAGAGGUCCGCCGACUGAACACAAGCAUUGGGACGAGUGGAGGCGCAGGAAGGGCGGAGGAGUCAAAAAACGACGCUGCUCGGGAGUGA